AUGAGGGCUGAGAUCGAUAAUGCGGGGACCCCUGGUGAUCGUGAACGCUUAAACGCCCAGUAUCGGGCCCAGAAAAAAAGGAUCUACGCACGUGAGUUAGAACGGUUUCGGAAGGAAUGGGUUCGACAGCGGCGGGAUCAGUUCAUAUUAACAAGGGGAAAAGAGUGCCCAAUAUACGGGGAGCAAAGCGCAGAGAAAAGGACUUGGUGCGACAUUAUGCCUGAGCUGGGACGUCUGGUGACUGUUAUGUCUUCCGAUGAACCUCUUGAGUUUGAGGCGAAAAGGGCUGUCGUGGAGGACUUGGUGAUACAUUGCCAAAGGGAUUACGACGUGGUGUAUCUUCCUGGACAGGAGCCUGUCGAAGGGCGAUGCCCUGCUUAUGGAUGCGGUAAAGUCAUGCAAGAAGACCCCAAAGAAGCAGCCAUAUUCAAUCCCACAUUCGACGGGAGAAAUCUCGUGUGA